UAUUUGGCAGCAAACUACGGUGCCCGAAUUGGAGUUGCUGAGGAAGUAAAAUCCUGCUUUAAAGUUGGUUGGUCAGAUGAAUCAUGCCCAGAACGUGGUUUUCAAUAUGUAUAUUUGAGCCCUGAGGAUUACACUCACAUUGGAUCAUCUGUGAUAGCCCAUGAGUUAAAGCUGCCUAGUGGAGAAAUCAGAUGGGUGAUAGAAGCCAUUGUUGGCAAGGAGGAUGGCUUGGGAGUAGAGAAUUUAUCAGGAAGUGGGGCCAUUGCUAGUGCAUAUUCUAGGGCAUACAAGGAAACCUUCACGUUGACAUAUGUCACUGGUAGAACAGUGGGAAUUGGUGCUUAUUUAGCUCGGCUUGGGAUGCGAUGCAUACAGAGGCUUGAUCAACCAAUUAUUUUGACUGGUUUCUCUGCACUAAACAAACUCCUUGGCCGUGAGGUGUACAGCUCUCACAUGCAACUUGGUGGACCUAAAAUAAUGGCAACCAACGGAGUAGUGCAUCUUACUGUCUCAGAUGAUCUGGAAGGCGUAUCCGCCAUUCUGAAUUGGCUAAGCUGUAUUCCUCCUCAUAUUGGUGGCACACUUCCAAUUCUAAGCCCUUCAGAUCCUACUGAAAGGCCUGUGGAGUACUUCCCAGAAAACUCAUGUGACCCUCGUGCUGCUAUUUGUGGUGCCACAGACAGUAGUGGGAAGUGGCUUGGGGGUAUUUUUGACAGGAAUAGUUUUGUUGAGACACUGGAAGGCUGGGCUAGGACAGUUGUAACUGGAAGGGCAAAGCUUGGAGGAAUCCCUGUUGGAAUAAUUGCUGUUGAGACACAAACUGUAAUGCAAGUGAUUCCUGCUGACCCAGGACAGCUUGAUUCUCAUGAGAGGGUUGUCCCUCAGGCUGGGCAAGUAUGGUUUCCAGAUUCUGCCACCAAAACAGCUCAAGCAAUAUUGGAUUUCAACCGAGAAGAGCUUCCACUUUUCAUUCUUGCUAACUGGAGAGGCUUUUCAGGUGGACAGAGGGAUCUUUUUGAAGGGAUACUUCAGGCAGGUUCAACCAUAGUUGAGAACCUCAGGACAUACAAGCAACCUGUUUUUGUGUACAUCCCCAUGAUGGGUGAGCUUCGUGGUAGGGCAUGGGUUGUCGUGGAUAGUCAGAUCAAUUCAGACCGCAUCGAAAUGUAUGCUGAUCGAACAGCUAAAGGAAAUGUCCUUGAGCCUGAAGGAAUGAUCGAGAUUAAAUUCAGGACAAAAGAGCUGCUUGAAUGCAUGGGUCGGCUUGAUCAGCAGCUAAUCACUUUGAAGGCAAAACUUCAGGAAGCCCAACAUAGUGGAACUUAUGGGAUGGUUGAAUCUAUACAACAGCAGAUAAAAUCCCGUGAAAAGCAACUCUUGCCAGUGUACACUCAGAUAGCCACCAGAUUUGCGGAGCUUCAUGAUUCUUCCCUGAGGAUGGCUGCAAAGGGAGUGAUCAGAGAAGUUGUGGAUUGGGGCAGAUCCCGGGUUUACUUCUACAAAAGGUUGCGUAGGAGAAUUGCCGAGGAUUCACUAAUGAAGACUCUGAAAGAUGCAGCUGGUGAUAAUCUGUCACAUAAACCUGCAAUGGACUUGAUCAAAAAGUGGUUUCUGGAUUCAGAUAUUGCGAGAGGCAGGGAAGAUGCAUGGGGGGACGACGAAGCUUUCUUUGCAUGGAAGGAUGAUCCAAGGAAUUAUGAAGAGAAUUUACAAGAAUUGAGAGUCCAGAAGGUAUUGCUUCAAUUAGCAAGCAUUGGUGAAUCCUUGUCAGAUUUGAAAGCUCUACCUCAAGGGCUUGCUGCCCUUCUAAGAAAGGUGGACCCAUCAAGCCGAGGGCAAUUGAUUAAUGAGCUCCGUAAAGUGCUUAAUUGAUUGGCGAUAUACCCUUUAAAAAGUAACUAUGGUUCUCUGUACCCAUAAUAUGUUCAUCUUUCAGCUUUAGUUACAUUCAGCUGAGAAACAAAUAUAGUUUCAUCUUCAGUGCCAUUUGUAAACCUCAGCAGCUGUAUUUUAUCAACCAAGAGAGAACCUCAGUUGUAAAUUGGAGGAUCUCACGGAUCCCUUUUAGCACUUAACAAAGUGUAAUUUGGGUGAAAUAGGAGUAGAUUUCUAUUGUUAAGGGUGGAAAUUGGCGAGAAUUGAAGCCCAUGCUCCCCAUGGCUGUUCCUUGGCUUGUUACUGAUUAUUUUUGUAAUAAUCUGUGAGCUGUAUUAAUUAUUUUAUAUAUAUGAAUAAAGGUUCAUUAGUGCUCCA